CAGUGUUUGAAUAUCCAUGCGAGACUCCUUAUCUCCUCCAGGCAAUCAUGACACAGACAUACUCCAUUUCCCGGGCUGAAUCUAUACCCAUCUUACAGAUACUCAAAUACACGCCCGAGGUACCAGUACGGAAAUCCCUCCCAGCAGUAUGGAUGCGCGCCGGAACAUCUAAAGGGCUCUUUUUCCAUCGUCACCAUCUCCCCGCAUCAGCGGCACACUGGGAACCAAUCCUGCUGUCCGCGAUGGGGUCCACUAAGGAAAGCUCUCGGCAGAUUGACGGAGUAGGCGGUGCGUCUUCGACAACGUCCAAGGUGGCCGUUGUGGAACGGUCGAGUCGUCCCGGCGUCGAUGUCGAGUAUACCUUUGUGCAGGUGGCGCCCGAUCAGCCACGGGUCGAUUUGACGGGGAAUUGUGGCAACAUUGCCUCGGGGGUUGGGCCAUUUGCGCUCGAUGAGGGUCUUGUCUGUGCCCCUGAUGGGAAGAAGGAGAUUGAUAUCAGGAUUUACAAUACCAACACCGGUCAAGCUCUUGUGGAAACGGUCCAGGUCGCGGCUGACGGCUCGUUCCAAGAGGGCGGCAAGUAUGCGAUUCCAGGGGUCGAGGGCACGGCUAGUCCUGUCAGAAUUGCGUUCCUCAACCCAGGCGGUAGUAUGACAGGACGCAUGUUUCCGAGCGGAUUGCGUCAGGAGACAUUGACGGUGCAAUCCCGGGGGUUUGGCCCAUUCGCCGUGCGAGUUAGUCUUGUCGAUGCUGCGAAUCCGUUUGUUUUAAUUGAUGUAGCGUCUUUGCCUGUAGACUCUAGACUGGCGGAUUCUGCAGAUCCGGAGCUUCUGGCACUGAUUGAGGAUAUUCGGAGGCAUGGGGCUGUGCGGUUUGGUCUUGCUGCAGAUGUGCAGGCUGCGGGCCUGGUGCGCAGUACCCCAAAAGUUGCCCUUUUGUCUCGGGCAAGGGGAGAUGCGGACGGUGUCGAUAUCGAGGUGAGGGCAUUUACUAUGGGCAAACCCCAUGCAAGUCUACAGUUGACGGGGGCAGUAUGUCUUGGUGCGGCAACGGUCAUUCAUGGCACCAUUGCGUGGGACUUGGCCCAUGCGAAGGAAGGUGGGGAUAACCUGUCAAAGCACGGAAUGUCGAUCGGAGGUUACCAGAUUGCUGGCGCUACAAUCCUGGGGAUGGACUGGAAGGGCGAUAUUGAUGUUGAUCGAGUGGCGGUGUUUCGGACGGCUCGGCGGCUGUUCGAGGGUAGUGUGUUUUAUAGAGCUUAG